UGCGGCUGGCGGCUCCUGGCGGCUCAUUCCCGGUCCCGGAGCGGAGCGGAGAGGCGGAGCGCAGCGCGACCAUGGAGCAGCACUGAACCGGCGCUCCGCGGCCACAAACCCCGACCUGCUGACAGACCACUCUGCCACACAGCCAUGCUCCGACCCAGAACACUGUAACGCUGACUGACGCCGCCGCUCGCCGGUUAACACACGGCGGCUGUCCGGUGAUCCCUCCUCUCCUCCGGUCUGUGUACACGGAGCCCCCCACCCUUCUCCCCCUGUCUCACCCCCGGCUCUCCAUCAUCUCCCUCCGGCAGCAUGUCCGCGGAGGAGCCGCUUGGGGUCGAGCCCGGAGCCGAGUGGCUCGUAAGCGAGCUGGAGCGCCUGUCCCGGGAGCUGAGCGAGACGACCCGGGAGAAGAUCCAGGCUGCGGAGUACGGGCUGGCCGUGCUGGAGGAGAAACAGGCGCUCAAGCAGCAGUUCGACGAGCUGGAGGCCGAAUACGAGGCCGUGCGGCAGGAGCUCGAGCAGCUCCGGGAGGCUUUCGGGCAGGCUCACUCAAACCACAGGAAGGUGGCGGCGGACGGCGAGAGCCGGGAGGAGUCUCUGAUUCAGGAGUCUGCCUGUAAGGAGGCGUAUUACGAGCAGCGAGUGCAGGAGCUUCAGACCGAGCUGAGGCAAAUACGCAAUGUCCUCACCAACACCCAGUCUGAGAACGAGCGCCUGGCCACCAUCACGCAGGAGCUCAGAGAGAACAGUCAGAUGGUGGAGCUGCAGAGGUCGCGUCUCCGUGAUGACAUUAAGGAGUACAAGUUCCGCGAGGCUCGUCUGCUGCAGGACUACAGCGAGCUGGAGGAGGAGAACAUCACUCUGCAGAAACACGUCUCCAUGCUCAAGCAGAGCCAGGUGGAGUUUGAGGGCCUGAAGCACGAGAACCGGCGCCUUGAGGAGGACACACAGUUCCUCAACAGCCAAUUAGAGGAUGCCAUCCGUCUGAAAGAGAUCGCAGAGAGGCAGCUGGGAGAAGCUCUGGAGACCAUCAAGACCGAGAGAGAGCAGAAGGCAGCCCUGAGGAAAGAGCUGUCCCACUACAUGAGCAUCGGGGACACCAUGUACCACAAUCCUCUGAACAUCUCUCUGGACGGGCUGAAGUUCAGCGACGACGCGGCGACCGAGCCCAACAACGACGACCCCAUCCACACCUACGAGAACGGCUUCGACAAGAUCACCAACGAGGACGACAACCGCAUCUCCACGCCGAAGAAGAGCGAGCUGUUCCACCCCGCCCCCAGCCUCGUAGACGACCUGCUGAGCGAGCUCAACAUCUCUGAGAUCCAGAAGCUCAAACAGCAGCUUGUGCAGGUGGAGCGUGAGAAGGUGACUCUGCUCUCCACGCUGCAAGACUCUCAGAAGCAGCUGGAGCAGGCUCACGGCGCUCUGUCAGAGGAGCACGAGAAAGUCAGCCGCCUCACUGAGAACCUCAAUGCCAUACGCAAGCUCCAGGCCAGCAAGGAGCGGCAGUCAGCCCUGGACAACGAGAAGGAGCGUGACAGCCACGAGGACGGAGACUAUUAUGAGGUGGACAUCAACGGCCCUGAGAUCCUGGAGUGCAAGUACAAAGUGGCUGUAUCAGAGGCAGGUCACCUGAAGGAGGAGCUAAAGACCUUGAAAACAGAGUAUUCUGCCUGCCAGUCGCAGUAUGAGGAAGACCGCACCCGGCUGGAGAGCGAAGUGACCAACCUCCGUUCUCAGCUGGGAACCCUGGAGCACAGCAGCCGGGCAGAGCGGGAGCAGCUGGCACGAAUGGAGAAGGAGCUGCGGCAGGCGAGCGAGGUAGCAGGGGAGUCGCAGGGCAGCCUCAGCGUGGCCCAGGACGAGCUGGCCACCUUCAGCGAGGAGCUGGCCAACCUCUACCAUCACGUCUGCAUGUGCAACAACGAGACACCCAACCGCGUCAUGCUGGACUUCUACCGCGAGGGCAAAGCCAACCCAACAGGCCGGAGCAGCCCUGAAGGUCGUGGCCGCCGCUCGCCCAUCCUGCUGACACGAGGCCUCUUCCCCACCCCUGACAGUGAAUCUCCAUCUCCAGUCUCCUCCUCCCUGCCGUCCCCGGUGGCCGACCCACGCAAGGAGCCGAUGAACAUCUACAACCUUGUGGCCAUCAUCCGCGACCAGAUCCGCCACCUGCAGCUGGCUGUGGACCGCACCACCGAGCUCUCCCGCCAGCGCGUUGCCUCCAUGGAGCUGGGCCCUGGUGCCGACAGGGAUCAAGAGGCCAGUCUGGAGGAGAUCCUCAAGCUCAAAUCUCUUCUCAGCACCAAGAGGGAGCAGAUUGCCACCCUUAGAACCGUCCUUAAGGCCAAUAAGCAGACUGCUGAGGUAGCGCUGGCCAAUCUAAAGAGCAAGUACGAGAACGAGAAGGCCAUGGUGACGGAAACCAUGAUGAAGCUUCGCAACGAGCUCAAAGCCCUGAAGGAGGACGCCGCCACCUUCUCCUCCCUCAGAGCCAUGUUCGCCACACGCUGCGAUGAGUACGUUACUCAGCUGGAUGAGAUGCAGAGGCAGCUGGCGGCAGCAGAAGACGAGAAGAAGACCCUGAACUCUCUCCUCCGCAUGGCCAUCCAGCAGAAGCUGGCCCUCACGCAGCGUCUGGAGGACCUGGAGUUCGACCACGAGCAGACCCGCCGCGGCGGAGCCAACGGCCGCACCAAGUCGUCCAGGGCCAAGCUGGCCCAGAGCGCGGCCCAGCCGUCCCAUGUAAGUCCGACCCUCACGGCCACCUGCGGGGGUCGGGGCGAGCCCAACGGCCUUCUGGGAACGCCUAUGGUGUUCUGCAGCGAGAAGUACAAGAUCUACUGCGACUAAAAGUUUCAUGAGUGUGUGUUUGUCUGAAACGGCACUAAAUCGGUGUACAAAGCCCCACUACUCACAUGCUCGGCUCUCUCGCUCGCUCUCCUGCUGACCUGUGCGGUGUGUAUGUGUGUCUGUUAGGGCUGUGUAUGGGUUUGCCUACCAUUGUAUUAGUAGCUCUGUGAAUGAGGACGGCUAAUAUGGUAGCACUAGCUAAAAAAGCUGCCAAAAUUAGUUGUUUUGUUGUUAUUUUCUUUCACACAGAGGGCAGAGUGUUUCCUUCUGUACUCAUGGUGCUGUAUCUUAAGCGGCAGAUAGAUUUGCGUACGCGUGUGUGCUUGUUUCCUGACCUGACCGCUAGUCAUGCUAAUCGGAGGUAGCCGCGAGGGCGUUGUUUUUUGUGGUCGUGCCGUAAUCCUAGCUGCCCUUCGCAACUCAGUAGACUUCUUUAAGCGGUCCCUCCUGCCCUCUCCCUCGUUCCCUCUCUCUCCUGCCUCGGAGAAAACCUCCCUCAACCUGAACCUGGCAACCCGUUGUCUAAUCAGGUGGCUAAUGUUUACAUUCUUAAAUAAACUCGUGAAUAUGCAAUUUCCCCCAGUCUUCUGACAGAAGGGGAGAACAAGUAUUUUUGAUACGAAUCGAAACUUAAAACCAGACAAACGACGGGUUUGCCAACAAAUUUAGGACGUUUUCCUGUCCUGUCUCGCUCAGCUGGAGGUGGGCGGGAGAGGGCGUCCGAUUUUUUUGCUCUUUUUCGCAGAACGGCAAGAUUUUACGCCAAGAUUCAGAUUCAGACUGUAUUUUUUGGCACUUGCAUGCGUUUUUUUUUUUUAUCAAUUGCUAGCAGAUUCUUGGCUGCGAACAACUACAGCUCCUGUCGUUCUUAGUACUUUACAGCAUCUUGGGUUCCGUCUCCAUCUUGAGCACAUUUAAAACAGGGCUCUACACGCAAAAAAAACAAAAAAGUGAGAGAAAGAGAGAGGAAUCAAUUUAAAUUAAAGAGGAACUAAUUCCUCCUCUAAACCCUGUUGCUGUCUUUCUCCAUGGAUCUGUCUCUCAGAAAACGUGGAGAAAGCUUCUUCUUUAUAGCCAUAACACUGGAAAAUAAAGAAGGUAGAGGGAGAAACGGAAUCAGCCCUCUCCCUUCAAAUUCAAGUGCACUUCAGCGAGGGGACUCAGGUUCCGCACUUUGCCGCACAGAAAGGCAGAUUUGAAGGAAAAACACUUCUUAAGAUCUGUAAAAAAAAAAAAGGAAUUGUUUUUUUGGUGGUGGUUCAACUGAUCCAAAAACAAAGAAGAAACUAAGAGCACAACACAUAAAAAAAAUCACUCUGAUCAGGAUGUCAAGUGAAAAUUAGUACAAUGGGAACGUAAAAAACAACGUUAAAAAAACAUCACCAUAGAAAAGUGCCUGUCUCUCGACUUCUAUCAGCAACCGAUCAUUUCUCACUGUAAAGCCCUGUCCUUUGUGUUUUGGAAAGCUUGCGCUAAUCUUUCCUCUUUGACCCCGCCCACUCCAUUUGCUUCUAGGUCUAAAAUCUCUAAAAGUGUGUGUGUGUGUGUAUUUGAGUAUACGAGUAUGUAUACGAGUUUGCGAGCGCGUCAUCGACCCCUUUCCAGUCUAACGUCUUUUUUCCUCUUCUUGCUUCUCCUCCUCCUCCUCACACCUUUCUCCUUUUAGAUUGUCAGCAGCUUGCUCCCAAUGCCUCGUCACUCUCCCUUUAAAUAACGGCAGGUAACGUUCCCGUAUUUCCUGUAACACUGUCGUGAACCUCUUCUCUCAGAGGAAAUGCCGGAGCAGCGUUUAUUGUGUUUGUUCACGGUAAACAAAGCUGGGUAUCGUUCAUUCAUUUCCCAGGCAUUCCAUCAUGGUUUCAUGGGAGGAGAAAAAAAAUACACCAUUUUAAAAGCUUUAAUGUUGCAAGCUAUUGCUAGGCUAGGUCAAAUAAAACAAGGAAGCAAAGGGUGGGGCUUGUAUUACAACAUGAUAAUAAUCCUACACUUGUGGAUGAUGAUUAUGCUGGUGAUGAAAAUGACUUUGUUAGCUUUAUUACUCUAAAAGCAGGGUUGAGGACGGACGAGGAAAUCACUGUUGUGCUUUUUUAUACACAAAUAUAUAUUGCGUCAAAUUUCUUAAAACGUUAUAUAUAUAUAUUCUUAAUGAAUUCCUAUUCAGGGUGAAUCUUCCCAGGCCAGCUUCCUCCUAGCCAGAGGAACGCAGACACCUCAGUCCUCAACUCUGCUUCUGCCUGUGCUGCAUAUAAGCCCUCGUUAGGCCUUUAGAUAAUAAUAAUAAUAACGUACUGUAUUAAACAGACAGACACAAAGCUAUCGCUGUCAUCUUACUCUCUUACACUCACAUAAACACACAUGUAUACACACGCGCAAAUACAUACGCACACCUUCCUCACACACUCACAAAAACACACACGGACACACACACCGCUUGGAUCUGACCACUCUCUUUUAUGUUCCUUCAUGCAUCCUGUUAGCAACAACUGAGGGCUUAAGAUGAGACGUUAAAUGUUUUAGUCAGAUGAGACGAGUCGAGUCGAGAUGAUGAGGGGUUAACUCUUACAUUACUGUUGUAUAAUCAGAUGGGGUCACUGGGCGGGUUGGGAAAAAGGUUCCCCAGUUUCUUGUGAACGGGAUAAAAUGGUGAAAUAUUUAGCAAAUAAGCUGUGUAAUUUUGUCUUUUAUUUUUGUUUGUUUAUUUGUUGGUUUAUUCGUUUGUUUUUCUCUGGCUCCGUGGACAUUGACUCAAUUGGCGUGUUAACAUUCUUCUCAGCAUAGAUAACUAACUGAUCACAAAGUGGAAUUUUUGUUUUUUAUCUAGUAUUGAUUAUAAAAAAGUCAAUGUCCACUCCUCCGAGCCCUCUCUGAUUGGUUGAUGCCCCGCGAAAUGCAUGCAGUAUAUAACCCAGGUAUAUGCCCAGUUUAUUAAUUGACUUGCAUGGCAAUGAGAAUCCCCACUCCCAGGUCUGAGAGGGUGGAGCUUCAGCGGGAGAUGGGCGGGGUUUUUGCUACUUGUGAGCCAAUGGCUUUCUGCACGUGCUGUUUUCUACUUUACACAACACAAAGGCGAAUUACUGACGUUUGGCUUUUGGAGACUAACCUUGUUUUCCUCUUGCUCGUAAACUAAUAUCGGCUUUUUUGUUUUGUUUUUUGCUUUUUACUUUUAAAGGUUCGCUUUAACGUGCUGCCAGCAUGCCUCUGAUUUGCAUAUUUGAAACGGCACUAAAUUUAACCGUAACGCUAAUCUCUAUUAUUUCUUUGUUUUCUCCAUUUUGCAGUAAAGUCCAGCCCCCUAGUUGAGCUGGGAAGUCGACAUUCCAUCACUGCCGACAAAUUCAGUCUGCCAUAAAGUUUUAGCCCAAUGGAAAUCCAAUGGAAGACUGAAACUAAUUGUUACAAAUUCUGGAUUACGAACAUUUCCCCACUUCUACUAUAGGAAACGAGUAAAAGUGAAAUCUAGCGUAAUACUUCUUUUGUUUUUCGUUUAUUUUUUUUUAAGUAUAGUGGAAAGCCUGUGCUCACAAAGAAUGGAAAACUCCGCCCAUACGAGUUACGGUUAAGUAAAUCGUCCAAAAUUAGAAAUAUAUAAAGAGCUGAAUAGACGUAAUACACUACAACAACAGACUUGUAGUCUUUUUUUGUCUUUUUUUGUUUAACCUGUGCACUUUUAAUAUAGGAGUAUAUCGCUUUAUUAUUAAUCUAGGAAAGGUUUGUAGUGCUUUGGUUUGUGAGUCAGUUCAACUAUACCCAAUACUACAUACACAUAUAUAUAUAACUACAUAUAUAUCUAUAGAGACGAUAACCAAACAUUCAUAUACACACUCUGCAUACCAGUAUCAGAGUAUCAGAGAUCAACUUACUCACUUAUCCAAAUCUACUCCCACUGCAAACCAGUCCUGUUGUAUUCUGUGAAAUGAAUCCACAAGCAUUCAUCCUUUAUAUUUCCUUUAUGAUGUUGAUCAUUUAUUGUGUUUUAUUGUAUUUGAAUUUGUUUCAUUUGUUCUACUGCCAUAUUCUGAAACAAACUCCCGGGUGGUCAGAUGCUGGGCUUUUUUGUCUAUUUAUUAUUCUUAGGAAUAGUUCAAAGUGAACGUGGAGAAACUUGACGACGUUCUGGCUUAACACGGUAAAGUGAAAGCAGGCUUCAGGAAAUACAAACCCAGAAACGUGUGAGAAAAACAGCGAGUACACUAAUAAAAAGGAGCAUGGGUUUUGUUUUUCUUCCUGCCAUUCUUUACUCAAGCUUUCUAGGGAUCGCUGACUUCACGAAUUCUCUGCGAGCGUAAUCGAAUCAAUUCCAAAUUGGAAUGCUCUCAUUCUCUCUUUAUUUAUCGUGCCAAGUCUCGGUACACCGUUUAUUUUUUGUUACGUUUGAUGUGAGAAAAAGAGAAAAAGGAUCAAAACCAGACCGAAGACGAAGGAGCUGUUUAUAGUGGGUCCCGAUUCCCACGAUCAUUCCCUGCGUUUGAUUUAGUUUCUUCUUCGUUUUUACGGGCUUUUUGCUCUUUGUUCAGACCAGUAGUGCCUUUCGUUAUUUCAAGAGAGAAUUCUAGUCUAGAUAUUAGUUUAUUCUCGUAGUUUCUUUUGGCCUCUCCUGAAGGUAAGGAGGAAUUUCUUACUUCAGAGGACACUUAGAAGCAGCAAUAAGUGCAGAGAACACACAAUCUGUUUUUGGCGAGUGUGUUUCCUUAGUCUUGAGACAUUAGGUGAAUUUAAACUUUUGUGGUGAAUUCUUGAACUCAGCGAUCCCCUUAGCAAAUUCAGGGGUUUUAGCAAAAGGUCUUUUUUUAAAUCAAGUGGUGGGAAUCAGAAAUGUUUUUGCCUCAUAAUGAACAAAAAAAAAAGAGAAAGAGACACUGCACGCUUGUGUGGCGUAUCGCUGAUGAAGACUGGUGUAUCUAUAGCUUUUAUUUGGUAAAGGUAGCGUGGUAUCGAUAGUAUUGUUGACAAAUGUGUGAACACGCGUCCUCCUUUUGUCAUUUUGAGUUUCACUGUUUUUUUGUUUGCUGUUUUUUUUUGUUUGUUUUUUUAAUGCUUUUUUUACAUAAUCUUUUUAAAAACAUUGUAAUUUCAGGAAACAGAAAACAUUUUGCAUCAACAAGCUUGAAAAGUGCCACGAAAGUCACACGCGGUUUGUUGAGGCGUAAAUGCAAAUAAGCACAUUUUGGACGUGAGCAAAACAGAAAAGAAAAGAAAAAAGAAAUUGAAUCAAGUGCAAUUCAGAACGCUGAUUUACACGGAGAAUGAGGUUUUCUGUUUGCUGGAAGCGAUAGCGCUGUGAUAUUCAACUAGCUGUGCGAAAUUUACAUGGUCAUAAUUGUGUUCCAGUAUUGAUCCGAAAGGAGCGUUUGAUACCUUUAUAUAAAACAAUGAAUUCAUCCAUAUGUUGGUAUUUAUUUGCAAUGUCUUGCAGUACUGUACUCUUUAUCAAUAACGUGCAUUAUGAUUAGUGACAAAAAAAUAAGGAAAAGAACUCAAAUUUAAUGUCAUAUGCAUGUUUUUCUUCCGUCAUGGAAACUUUUACACAGAACUGAAAACAAACAUAGAACUUUAAAGAGGUUAGAAAAGCAAAAGAUAAAAAAAAAUGAAAUGACUAAUGAGAAUAAAUGAAAUGUGUUUAGCUAUUGAGUGAAGUAGAACUAACCCAGAAAAAGUGUUGUUUGGUUUUCUGUAGAGGGUUACUCGGUCUGUGUAAAGGUAGUCAUGCUGGUUAAAAUCAAUAAAUGGGACUAAAACGGU